AACUUGACAUUAAAUAUAGAAUCAUUUUGAUUUAGUGCGCUUUAUAUUUUUGUAUUAAAUAACCAAUCGAAACAAACGGUUUGAUCGCCGUGGGACUUUCUUAUCCGCCGAUCUGUCAAAAAAUGUAAAUCUAAGACUGUGAUUGAAGUUUAAGGUUUCUAACAUACGGUAAUGCAAUCGGAGCAAGUUAUCCGAUUAAGUCGGAAUAUUAGGCGGAUGUAGGAGGAAAGCUUUUAAGUGAUACUGGGAAUAUACUAUUUAUUUUUUAAAUGCCAUUAUGGCUUUGCGUAAAGUAAAAGGAAACUUUGAACGUAUGUUCGAUAAAAAUCUGACCGAUUUAGUACGUGGAAUUAGGAACAAUAAAGAAAAUGAGGCAAAAUAUAUUGCACAAUGUAUAGAAGAAAUUAAACAAGAAUUGCGACAAGAUAAUGUAGCAGUCAAAGCAAAUGCUGUGGCAAAGCUAACAUAUCUUCAAAUGUUAGGGUAUGAUAUUAGCUGGGCUGGUUUCAACAUAAUCGAGGUGAUGUCAUCUGCAAAAUUUACAUAUAAACGAAUUGGAUAUUUGGCGGCAAGUCAAAGUUUUCAUGCAGAUACAGAACUGUUGAUGUUAACUACCAAUAUGAUUCGCAAAGAUUUAAAUAGUCAAAACCAGUAUGAUGCUGGUUUAGCUCUGAGUGGUCUGUCUUGCUUUAUAAGUUCAGAUCUUGCACGUGAUUUAGUUAAUGAUAUAAUGACAUUAUUAACAUCUACAAAGCCGUAUCUACGCAAGAAAGCUGUACUAAUGAUGUACAAAGUCUUCUUACGAUUUCCAGAGGCCUUGCGGCCUGCAUUUCCUAGAUUGAAAGAAAAGUUGGAAGAUCCUGAUAGUGGUGUACAAAGUGCUGCUGUUAAUGUAGUUUGUGAAUUGGCAAGAAAAAAUCCAAAAAAUUAUCUAAGUUUAGCACCUGUUUUUUUCAAACUUAUGACUACAUCCACCAACAAUUGGAUGCUGAUAAAAAUUAUUAAGUUGUUUGGCGCAUUGACACCUCUAGAACCUAGGCUUGGCAAAAAAUUAAUAGAACCCCUUACAAAUUUGAUACACAGUACAUCUGCAAUGUCCCUACUAUAUGAAUGUAUAAAUACAGUAAUAGCUGUAUUAAUUUCAAUUUCAUCUGGUAUGCCAAACCAUUCUGAUUCGAUACAGUUAUGUGUUCAAAAAUUGAGGAUAUUGAUAGAAGAUUCUGAUCAAAAUUUAAAAUAUUUGGGAUUGUUAGCAAUGUCGAAAAUUUUAAAAACUCAUCCAAAAAGUGUACAAGCUCACAAAGAUCUUAUAAUGCAAUGCUUGGAUGAUAAAGAUGAAAGUAUAAGAUUGCGUGCCUUGGAUUUACUAUAUGGAAUGGUUUCAAAAAAGAAUUUAAUGGAGAUAGUUAAAAAGUUAAUGGUUCAUAUGGAUAAAGCUGAAGGCACUGCUUACAGAGAUGAAUUACUUUCAAAAAUUAUUCAGAUAUGUUCGCAGAAUAAUUACCAAUUUGUUACUUAUUUUGAAUGGUACAUAUCUGUAUUGGUUGAACUUACAAGAAUGGAAGGUACCAAACAUGGACCAUUAGUAGCAACUCAAUUACUCGAUGUAGCAAUUCGUGUCCAAGCUAUACGAAAAUAUGCAGUUCAACAAUGUGCCUUAUUGCUAGAAAAUUCAUACCUUUUAACAGGUCAACCAAGAGCAACAAUGUCUGAAGUUUUAUACGCUGCUGCAUGGAUUUGUGGAGAAUUUUCUAGUGAACUAGAGGAUCCUAUAGUAACAUUACAAUCAAUGUUACGAUCACAAGCUUCCAGUUUACCAGGACAUAUUCAAGCCGUUUAUGUUCAUAAUAUUUUAAAACUUGCAACAGCAACAUUAUGUGAAGCUGUAAAAGAUGGAGAUACAGAGACUAUGGAACAGAUUUUUGCACUAAAAGAUAAAAUAGCUGCAUUUGUAUGCAGCGGGGAUUUAGAAGUUCAAGAAAGGUCUAGUUCUGUAUUGGUUUUACUUGAAUGUUUAAAAGAAAGUCCUGGUUUGGCAGAAGAAUUAAUGGAAGCAUUUGAAGGAGAGCUUAAUCCUGUUGCGCCAAAAGCACAAAGAAAGGUGCCAAUUCCUGAGGAUCUGGAUUUAGAUUCAUGGAUCAAUGAUCCACCAUCAGAAAGUUCAGAUUCAGAAGAUCAAGAUAUGAAUGACAUUUUCGUUAAGACAGAGAAAAUGAACGAUUCCUAUUCUAAACGAGAAUUUAAUGAACCAUCAGCAGAGGAACUUCAAAAACGACGUGAAGCUAGAAAAUUAGAACAACAAAACAAUCCACAUUAUUUAAAAGGCACAUUCAAGAAUUCCACAUCAUAUCAUAACUCAUCAAAUAUUUAUGAGGAGUUUGAAAACAUUCCUGUGACGGAAUUAGAUAUUCCAGUUUCUUUAAAAAUUACGAAUAAUCAUAAAAGAUACAAAGUACAUGGCAAGAAGAAGAAGAAGACUAAGAAAAGUAAAAAGACUACUUCAGAAGAUGAACAGGAUGAUAUUUAUCCUAUUCAAGUGGUGAAUACUGGGAUUGGUGAAUUACCACCAGGUGCAGAAUUAAGUGAUAGCGAUGACUAUGACCAUGUUGAUGUAAAUGACCCACACAGAGCCUUAAAUAUUGAUUUGGAUCUACCUUUGAGGGAUGAUGAAAGAUUACCUGUAUCAGAACAUAGAGUUAAUGAAAAUAAUUUAGUUCAAGAAACUACUGAAUCUAAAGGAAAGAGAAAGGAAAAAGGGCAUAAAAAAUCAAAGAAGAAAGUUAAAGAAGUCAAAGGAAAACGUUAUGACAAUCAAUUACAACUUACUGAUAUGUGGUUAGAAAAUAAUACUUCCACAGGAAAUAUUCAGCCGCCUGUUGCUAACGAGUAUACGGAGGUUUUCAGUGAAAAGGAAUCAGAAUGGAAAGAUGCUAAACGCAAGAAGUCAAAAAGUCAAGAAAAGCAUAAAAAAACGGACGAGGACUCGAAGCAUAGAAAAUCAAAAAGAUCGAAAAUUAAAAAAGAGUCUUUAAAAAAAUCUUCAGAUUAUGAAGAAACUGCUGGAAUCUCGACACCGUCUAAAGAAAUAUUACCAGAUUUAAGAUACAAUUUUUCAAAUUCUGAAGAUAAUACAAUAUUAGAACCAGUUACUUCGUACGAAGAAUUAGCUAAAAAUAAAGUGCUAUCUAUAGCAUACGAAUUGAAACAAGUUCCUCACGAGUCAAAUAAAUUAGUUGCGUCAAUACUCAUUACGAAUAAUUGUCAGAAGCUUGUAAAAGAAUUAGUUUUUGAUGUUCCAGAUACAUCGUCAUUGAGAUUAAUGAGAAAUAUUGGAGAUGAAUUUGGUAUAAAACUGCCAUUCCAAUUGUCUCCACAAACCAGUAAAGAAACGCAGUUUACUAUUUUAAUCUCAGAUGUAACAUUUGCUCAGAGGUUGAGAGGCACGCUUACAUACAUGUUAGAAAGCAAAGAAAGUACAUUGCAAGAGAAACUUGACUUUACUAUGCAUUUAACUUGCAGUAAGUUCAUGGUCGGCCAUCUUUCACAUAAGGAUAUAUUAACAGAAUUACUUAAAAGUGGUCAACUUGUAUACAAAGUUAGGAAAGAAAUGGUCCUUUCUCAAGAUUUUGAUGUUAUUUUAAAUUUAAUUUGUUGUAAAUGUAACCUUACACUCGUGGAACAAAUUAAUGAUACUGCAUCUUUAUAUGGACACUCUUUGAAAGGACAUCAUGUGUGCCUUUUAUUAAAGUAUAACAAGUCAUCAGGCAAUUUGGUAAUUGAAGGUAAAGGUGACAACAACACGUUAUUGUCAGGAAUUGGAGAAGAAAUUUUAAGGAUUCUAACAUAAUAUUGAAAUAAACUGAAGUGUCCGUAUUUUAUGAGUCCUAUUCUCAUUCAUUGCAGCCGUGUUCAUUGCGUAACUCAAUAGUAAAAUGAACAUUCUAUAUUAUAUAUAUAAAAUAAUGGCUAUAGAAAUCGUAUCCGCAAACUUAUCAAAUAUUUUCAGAAAAAGAUCUUAACUAAACUUUACAUCUAAUUUAGGUAAACAAAUUUCUAACAUAUGCAUGUAAACAUACACAAGUAUGUGUAUAAAUAGACACAUGUAUAAUUAUCUAUAUGUGUAUGUAAGAUAAAGUUUUAAGAAGAGGGAAGAGAGAUUUAUUAUCAGAAAUUGAAGACAUCAGAAAGGAAGUAGUUUAUUUUAUUUGCAUGCAAUUUCAGUUUAUGAACUCAAGUGCAAUAAUAAGAUAGUAGAUUAUAAAAUGAAAUAUUUAUUUUAAUAAACUUUAUCAUUUAACUUCAAAUAGAAGUUUCAAAUCGAGAAGUUUCUGUGUAAUUUACUAUAUGUAAAUAUUACAUAUUAAUAACAAUUUUCUUAAAAAUUAGUCAUGUUUCAUAUUAAUAUAAAUAAAACAUGUUUGUAUAGCUCAGAUUAUUGAAAUACUAAACUAUUUUGCCAAAGUGAAGGAGAAGUAUAAUAAACUUUUUAUGUGAAAUAUUAUUUGUAAGAGUAUUCAUCUGUAAAGUAAUCCAAAAUAUCUUAAUAAAUUACAAAUAUUGUAUAUUAAAAAGUAACUACUUAUACACUGAUAUCUUCAAUUUUGUGUUUAUUGAAGGAUUAAUAUCAUAAUUACAUUGUUGAACUACUGAUUAAACUGUAAAAUACAUCAUGGAUACUCGCGACUCGUGUGAAUGUACAUCGAUGUUUCUCAGCGGAGUGUAUACUUUCUUCAUGUAAUGACUUUGUAAUAUCAAUAAUUUAAUACACAUAAGGUUUUAUGAUAAGCAUAUAAAUAUGCAAUAUAGUAACACAUGGAACACCAAAUGUAAAUAGCCAAUACUUGUAUGCUAUAAACAAUAUCUUUAUUUUAAA